GUUUAAAGCAGCGAGGUACCUCCACUUGGAGCCAGUCCGCAUCCAAUUCUGUGGCUUCGGUCUCCAUUGAGAGAGAAACGCGGGAAACGAAGCGCUUCCCCUUGUUGGAGGGUUCUUCCUUUCAGAAGAUCCUACUGCAGGAGGUGAGGCAACACCUGACCCCUGCUGUGCUGCGAGUGCUGGGGGUGGCGCGCGGCAUUCAGCUGUGCCAGGCCGACCCAGAACGUGCUCGCCGGGCUGCACGGCAGCUACCAGAUGUCUUGUACACCGAGAUGGAGCGAAACUGCUUCCGUGUGCUUGGCUGCCAGUCGCCAUGGUUGAGCUCCCGAUUUCGACAGGAGGUGCGGGUUCUGGAUAUGUUGCAGUCCAAGGUGACCCAGUGUCCGUGCAAAAUG